AUGAGCCCGAGCAAGCACUGCGGAGAAUUGUUUCUGAAGCUGCGGGUGCCUCCCGCCGGGGUUUUUUGUGUGGCCUUCCUUGUUCGUGUCGCCUUGGUUUUCUACGGGGUCUUCCAGGACCGGACCCUGCUCGUGAGGUACACAGAUAUCGACUAUGAGGUCUUCACGGACGCGGCGCGCUUCAUCACGGAAGGACGCUCCCCCUAUCUGCGGGCUACAUACCGCUACACCCCUCUGCUGGGUUGGCUCCUCACUCCCAACAUCUAUCUCAGUGAACUCUUCGGGAAGUUUCUCUUCAUCAGCUGCGAUCUCCUCGCUGCUUUCCUCUUAUACCGCCUGCUGUUGCUUAAGGGGCUGGGACCCCGCCAGGCGUGUGGCUACUGUGCCUUUUGGCUUCUUAACCCCUUACCUAUGGCGGUGUCCAGCCGAGGCAAUGCGGACUCGAUCAUCGCCUCCCUCGUGCUCAUGGCCUUGUACUUCAUAGAGAUCAGGUUUGUCGCAUGUGCAGCGCUGUUUUAUGGUUUUGCGGUGCAUAUGAAGAUAUACCCGGUGACCUAUAUCCUUCCCAUAUCUCUCCACUUACUUCCAGAACCUGACCCUGAAGACCUCCGUCCGCCCCACCAUUCUCUCAAGGAGCGUUUGUCCAAAUUGAUGAUGAGAUUGUGCAGUCGGGACGUGUUGCUCUUUGUAGCUGUUGCUGGACUCACAUUUUUAGCUCUGAGCUUUGGUUUUUACUACAAAUAUGGUUGGGAAUUUUUGGAGCACACCUACCUUUAUCAUCUGACGAGGCGGGACAUUCGUCACAAUUUUUCUCCCUACUUCUACAUGCUAUAUUUAACUGCCGAGAGCAAGUGGAGUUUCCCCCUAGGAAUUGCUGCCUUUCUGCCGCAGCUCGUCUUGCUUUCUGCAGUGUCUUUCGCCUAUUACAGAGACCUUGUCUUUUGUUGUUUUCUUCACACGGCCAUUUUUGUGACUUUUAACAAAGUCUGCACCUCCCAGUACUUUCUUUGGUAUCUCUGCCUUCUGCCUCUUGUGAUGCCUCUUGUGAGGAUACCUUGGAAGAGAGCUCUAGUUCUCCUAACGUUAUGGUUUAUAGGGCAGGCCUUAUGGCUCGUUCCUGCUUAUGUUCUUGAGUUUCAGGGAAAGAACACUUUUCUGUUUAUUUGGUUAGCUGGCUUGUUCUUCCUCCUUAUCAACUGUUCCAUCCUGAUUCAAAUUAUUUCCCAUUAUAAGAAGGAACCCGGGACAGAGAGAAUCAAAUAUGACUAA